CUGGAAUCAGCCGCAUUCCUGGGCACGAAUGACGGAUAACGUCCUCUCAUCUAGGCACGUGUGCAUCAUGAUACUCAUCCCCAAGUGCAACACAUCCAAAGUUCCCGAAAUCAAGUUGCAUGCCUCAUCGCCUCCCGUCGUCAUCCAACGGACAGUACCAUCUUUUGUAUUGCAUUCUAUACGGUCCCACUAAGCCUGGAACGACAGGCCGCAGACGGGUCGCUACAUGUUGAUAUUACGGUGCCUCAAGGUUUUGUCGUCUUCGAGGACGACCCAAUCUUGAAGAUUGGUGAAUUGGACCAGGAUGAAGCUGUGCUGCGUCUGAUCCCAGGAACGAGAUGCACCGCCGGCGACGGUCUGGGACUCGGGCGUGUGUUGCUUGCCCCAGAUCUGCACACUGGCUUGGGUCAUUAGCCAAGGCAAUUCAGUUUCAUCAGAAGAACGUAUCAAUGGUAGAAACGCUGCCAGGCACAGCCAGGGAAAGCCCGCACCAUCAAAGAUUGUGUUGGACGGGAGCUUGCACUUGCAACGAUAACAAAGUAGCUGACGGCAUGGAAUUAUGUGCAGCUUUUACUAAUGGUCCCUGCAGCGCUAUCUGCCCCUCCGAGAAAAGAGUCCACCGCUCCGCCGCGGACCCUCGUCGCCCUCCCUGCCACCACGCAAUGCGAUGGUUCUCGGGUGGUGAAAAUGGUGUACUCAGAAGGUACAUCGGCCGGACAUGGUCCACGCGCAACAGGCAAAACAGCCAUUCUCCAAUCGCCUUCUCGGGAUAUGUAGCGCGGACAUGGGAGAAAAAAAAAGUCGUGGAGCUGGAGCAAUGCCGGCGCUACUUUAAGGUUGUCUGUUGGGCUUUCACGUCCCACUCGCUUCAUCCACCUCGCGCACCAAGUGGGCUUCUCUCCGGGUCUCCAGUUGCAAUCCCGGUCGGGCUUUGCUCUCUUUGCCACCAUCGCGGGUUCGACUGUUGCAUCCACUGCUGACGAGUGGGUGCUGGUUCCGCUUGCUCUCACCUCCCAUUCGAUUUCUCACCACCUCCCUGUCAGACUUCCCCAAGAGGUCCACCGUCAUGACUAAUAGAAUGGUUAUUGUCCGGGAAGCCUCAAGCCGGCCAGCUUCUUCGAGCAUCCCACGCGCCCACCUGCCUCUUCAAGUGACCGAGCAGCUGGAUCUGGUAUCCUGGGUUCGCCUUUGCCCAGGCGACCAGAACACAACUUCACCACCAGCAUCAUCACAAGCCCUGUCUAGAACCACCGGCCUGCAGAGGUC